AUGUUUGUCAAAACUUUUCUCGUCGUGAUUUUCUGUGCUUUCAUUCAAUCGUGCCUUGCUGGUGGUUAUGCGUGUCUCGACGGAGUUCCAGGACGUGAAUGUCAACCGGGAGAGAUUUGUGUUCGACAUGAUUUUGGACAAGGUGUUUAUCGAGGAAUUUGUGAGAGAGCUGGUUAAUUGCAAGGAUAAUAAAUUUGUUUUAUUUGCGUUUUGAACUUUUUUUUUUGGAAAAACGAAAUCUGUAACUUUUUACUUUGAAACUCAUCGACUUCAUUUUUACAUUUCUGGACUAGGGGCUGUUAGCCCCCAGGCGUAACAGUCUUCUCAUUUAUUUCAGUUUCACUUUUUUUCUGUGAUUAUUGUCCACAGAACAUUGACUUAUCAAAUUUAUAGAAAAUUUCGAGUUUUUUUUAUCAAAAAAUGACUCGUGGCAAAAUCAGGAAGGCUUCCUAAUUUUGCCAUGGAUGUUUCGAGUUUUUCAGGAGACCCAAAAAGUGGCUUUUUGAGUCUUUUUCCUUGUUCAGGUCAUUCUAACAAUUUCUAUUUUUUUUUCACAAAAAAUCAAAUUUUAUCCCCGCACACAUUGUUCCAUAAACAAAUUGAAUAGGGAAAAAAUGAAAUUGAUUGACAUCUCCGGAAUAAAUUUCUUUUUUUUUAAAUUAUAAAUGCUUUUUAGCCUUUUUCCAAAAUCAUCUAAACACAUGCUGUUUAGUCACAUGA